CUCUCUGUCGCUCUUCUGUCUUUCUCUCUGUAAAAAAUCGUACUUUUUCUUCUCAGAGAAAGUUAUCUUCAGUGCCAUUUCCGGCAUUGUUCACAGCCAAUCAGAUCCUUUCUUCCACACUUAGGCUCCGCCUCCUCACACAGGUAUAUAACUCCCCUAAACGCACGCGUGUAGUGUGUUUUGUAAAACCAUGUAUGAUUCUCUCGCGCUGCUGCUGCACAGGCUCGUGCUCUUCUCCCACCUGAGCGCGCUCAAAAGCGCGUGGCCGUGGCGGAGGGAGCGAGAGUGCGCGGCCCCGACACCACCACCACCGCCUGCUCCUCUUGCGGCCGCGCUCGCGCUCUCGUUGUGCCGCGGGGACGUGCUUGAGGUGCCGCGCACGCUUUUCGUGCACUUCGGUAUCUAUCUCGGGGAUGACCGCGUGGCGCACCUCGUGCCGGACAUCCUGCCGGCGCUCACCGGAGAGCGCGCGCUCACCGCGGUCACCAACGCGCGCCUCGUGCUCGGCUGCAUGUACCGGAGCGCGAGCGUGCGUGUGGAUUCGGUGGCAGACUUCGCGUACGGCGCCCCGGUGCGCGUGAACGCCAUGGACCGCAGGAUCUCCGACGCGCGCGCCAUGGAGGGAGAGGAGGUCGCGCGCAGGGCCGAGAGGUGCGUAGGUCACGUGACCUACAGCCUGCUAUGGAAUAACUGCGAACACUUCGUCACCUCCUGUCGGUACGGUACACCUGUGAGCCUGCAGACUGACCAGUUCUGUAGUGGUGUGAAGGCGGUUGUUCGGGAUCAGAGGACCGUCCUGCUCUCCCUCCUCCUGGGCCUCAUCUCCAUUAUUUACUUUGGUCUGGCACCAGCGACGACGUUACCCACAAUCCUCAUCUCCUUCACGUUAUGGAUGGCUGGCUGACGUGAAACGGAUAGUGGUAGACGUUCUGCACCCUCGCGUCACACUUCCAGUCUUAUCCUGUGUUCCAGUACUGUUUAUCAUCACUUCCCCUAAACACUUUAGUGCACAGACUCCAGCCAGCACACAGGAAACACACGAUGAAGGGCUUUUCACUGUGAGUGCACUUCCCUUUAACACUGGCAGGUUUCACUGCAGGUGACUAGUUUACCUAACAGCAGUGCUGACUAACUGAACAAAGUGUGUUUAAAAUGAUUAUUUUUCUCAGAACUGAUUAAUCUGCUAUUUUUGCUGUUUUGAAAAGACUGCAUUGCAUUCUGGGUAAAUCACACACACACACACACACACACACACACACACACACACACACACACACACACACACAGACACUGACUUUCUCAUGCUCUAUAACAUAGAGGGAAGUGAGCAAGUGCACAUACAGAUAUAACAGUAUUAGAAUACGGCUGAAAUUUGAAUAAUAUACAAAUAAGUCCAGUCUUUACUGAACUGUUUAGUUAUAUAAUGAUGACCUUCACAGUGUGUGUGUGUGUGUGUGUGUGUGUGUGUGUGUGUGUGUGUGUGCGUGUGUGUAAAAUGAUGUAUAGAAUUAUUGGUAAGUUUUUAAGCACUGUCACAGAUCUGUAUUCUAGUCUAUAAGUAGAAUUUUUUGUGUACAAUAAAAAAAUUUUGAAUCUA